UUUGUGUUAUCACUUUCUUUCGUCUCAAAUCGCAUUUCACAAUAAAUAGCGGGAAACAAAAGAGUCCUUUAAAAUCCUGAUUUUCCCUAAAAAUUACUGAAAAACAAUCAAUAAAAUGAACGAUAGUUUUGGCGGCGGCGGUUUCAAUCCAAAUACCACAGCAUCUGGCGCCGGAGGAGAGACGCAAAAAGAUGGAAUCCUUCCCGUGUGCGUUCGACAACUACUUCUCGUCGACGAUGAAGUCAAGAUGUUCAAUUUCUCCUACGCCAUGGUCUCGUUAGUGGCUAUUGUGCGAAAAAUCGACUACACUUCGACGAAAAUCACAUACACGUUGGAAGACCAUACGGGUCGCAUCGAAGCUCAUUACUGGCUCGACGACGAGAACAGCAAACAUCCGAAAAUGACGCAAAAUGCCUACGCACAUGUCGUUGGAUCCCUUCGAAAGGUCUCCGAUCAAAAUGUCAUAAUUGUCUACAAUGCCGAAGAAGUUGAGAAAAUCAACGAAGUCACGACGCAUUUGUUGGAAGUGCUCUUCACUCGUUUCAAGGCGGAAAAAUUCUCGCAACCCGGCGGUGCGGUAACCAAAAUUAACAGCGGAGGACUUGGCGCCUUCACAAAUGGCGGCACAAAUGGCGUGUCAACCCAUCAACCAAUGGAAACGAGUCAAUCGGGCGGAGGGCAAGCUGCUCAUGGCAUGAGUGGCAAAAAUGCUUUGAUCCUGCAACAUAUUUCGAUCAAUAACGGAGCGAAUGGCGGCGCUGGAAUCACUCGCGAUGAACUUUACGCCAAAUUUCCGAAAAUCCCCAAAUCCGAGGUAGAUGACGUUAUUUCAGUAUUGGUCGAUGAGGGACACAUUUACAGCACCGUCAGCAGUGAUAACUUCCAAACCGUAGAAUAAACUCCCUUUUUCCCAAAAUUUCUUCAAAAAUAAACCAGUUUUUUGUAAAUCUGUCGUUUUCUCACGUUAACGCUAAAAAAUUAGUUGAACUGUAAUUUCCAUAAUUAUCACCCAACAACUACGUGAGCUUUGUUACAGCAACAACAAAAAAAGGCACGACGACACUUUUUUUUAUUAUUCUGAAACGUUCCAUUUAGUUUCUGAUUCAGAACAAUGCAUUCACAAAUACAAAUAAAAAAAUUUGCGAUUCGGUAUAGAAAGCUCGUAGAUACUCGCCU